UGCUCUUUCCAUACCAUUUCCAGCUCCCAUUCCGUGCUCCGCCCCGUCUUCCGCCUUCAUUCGAUAAUCGAUCUUCUUUGGUUCUCUCUCCAACUCCAUAAAUUGUCUCCCUGUUUCGCUUCGAAGAGCUAGCGGAUUCUUGAGAACAUCCAGAAGGUUUCUCAUUUUUUCAUAUUGAUUAGUUUUUAUGGAGGGAUAAAUGAUAGGAAAAGGAGUUUUAGGAGAGCGCUUUCAACCCCGGACAUGUUCUGGGAGCAAUGCACCCAAAACUGGUCAGGCAAAAGGGAAUUCCAAAAAUGUUGUUAUUGACAUAGAUGGUGAUCAAGUUGAUGAAGUGGUGAUUAUAGAUUUUCCAGAGUAUAUGCAACAAAAAUUGCAUGGCUCUAGCUCACAGAGCAGAGACAGAAAGUAUCCACUUCAGAGUGUCAUCAGCAUUGAUGAUGAUGAGAGUGAUGAAGCUGAACACACUGAAAUUAUUGCCGAAGGUGGCGGGGAAUUGGAUAGUGAUGCCUCCUCAAGCAAACGAUUUUCUCCUGCUCCAGGCUUUAUGGGAAAUUCCGUGCACAUAGACGUUGAUGAUUGUCCUUCAUCUGAGUUGCCAGAAAGUAGGAAAACAAGCUCUGCAAGAGCUGCUGACAGAAAUCGUUAUGGUUUAGAUACCUCUGAAAGUGAGUCAUCUGAGAGUGAUUGUUCUGAUUGUGAACUUAUAGAAGUUUGUGAACAAUGGGAAAAAGCUUCAAUUAAAAGAAGACAUCAUAUCUUUAAUGAUAGAACUGGAUUUAAUGAGCAGGCCAGUUCUUCUGGUUUGCAUAGUAAUUCUAAUGCUGAUAUUGAAGUAGAAAAUAGGACAGGACAUGAUGCAGGCACUUCCUCAUAUUCUGGUCCCAGCAAUGUUAAACAUACGAUAAACCUAGCCCAUACCGGUAACAACCAAAUAGACGAUGCUAAUCUCUAUAUGGGGAAAGAAUAUCCUAUUAAGGAUUUUGGUCAGAAAAUUAACCAAGAGAGUUAUAAAUUUUUUACGUUUGUGUCCACUGAGAAAAUGCAAUCUUUACACAAGACUUCUGAUUCUGUGUGUGGAGAAACGAGUAGGAGUGGAGAAUUUCCCCCUUUCUCCAAGUAUAAAAGUUACGAUGUUGCUAGUGAUGCUGUUAUGGAUGCUUCAAAGCUCAAUAAAGAAGCAGGUGAUAAAGAGUCUAGAUUUGUUAGCUCCACCCAAGAAGCAAGCAAAGGACAAAAGAGUGAUGGAACUGGACUGAGGAACAGGGAUGCCUAUUUUUCUGACAGACAUUCUGGCUGUGUCUAUUUUGAUGAAAUGCAACUUAAUCAAGAUGGGCCUGUAUCUCAAGAGUGUUGUGUGAGAGAUAUCAUUAAUGAAAGAGAAAAACUCAAGGAAACUGAUGAAUAUAAGCAAGCCAUAGAAGAGGAAUGGGCAUCCAGGCAGCGACAACUGCAAGUUCAGGCAGAGGAGGCACAGAGGUUGCGUAAAAGAAAAAAGGCUGAAAGUAAGCGCUUACUGGACAUGCAAAGAAGGCAAAAAGAACGGAUUGAAGAAGUCAGAGAGACGCAGAAGAAGGAUGAAGAAAAUAUGAACAUGAAAGAGCAACUGCGGAUUGAAAUAAGGAAAGAGCUUAAUAAAUUGGAGAUAACAUGCGUGGACAUGGCUUCGUUGCUUCGUGGCUUAGGAAUACAAGUGGGAGGAGGCUGUAGUCCCUUGCCACAAGAGGUGCAUGCAGCUUAUAAACGGGCCUUACUAAGGUUUCAUCCUGAUCGGGCGUCAAAAACUGACAUUCGAGAGCAGGUGGAGGCUGAGGAGAAGUUCAAGCUUAUCUCUCGCAUGAAGGAGAAAUUUUUGACAACUUCAUGUUUCUGAGUGCUAGCAACUUAUAGAAUAUGGUUGUUGGCGUUUUAGUUGAGGUGCUUUUACUUCACAGCCUAUGAUUUUGUUUUUUUUUAGUUAUUUAAUUUGUCAUUUCCUCCUGCCCUCCCAAAAACAUAUACGAAGUUAGUGAAACAUACAAAAUCAUGUAAAGCUGCCAUCUGUCGUUUAUAGAUUGCCAUUUUUUGGAGGAUGGGUAACCAAGGUCAUCCUCUCUUCAUGGUACCACUUGCAUAUGUUAAUGUCAACAUUUUAAAGCUUGAGGGUUUUUCUAGAGAGCAAAUCCUGGGCCUCCACUAGGGUUUUCCAUUUAGGCACCGUUUGGUAUGAGAGAAUGGAAGCCAAGGAAAAGAAAUGGUUGAGGGAAUGAGUUAUUUAACAUGUUUCAUAUGUGGGGAUUCUUCUCCAAAAGAAUGUUUGACUCCUUUGUUCUUCAAUCCUGGGAGUGAAGUGGAAAUUCUCUGAUCACAAUGCCCUUGUACGAAAUCUAAAAUUCCGCAAGGUCUCAAUCUGUAUUGCCUUAUUGCAAGCCUGAAGAAUAAGUUGAUAAGCAUCGACCAGGUAUGAAGCACUCCCGAUCAGUAGGCUUGCGACCAUGACAAGAAACUCGAUCUAGAUCGGUAGUGAGAAGGAAUCAAAACAAGGAUGGUGACCGAUUUUCGUCCUCCAUUUCUGACCACCAUUGACCAAAUCUGAAGAAGCACUCAGACAACAUCACUCCCUUACCAUCACUGAGUUUCUGGGUUCACGGUGUUCAAUCUGGCUUUUCUGUUGCUGAUUUCAUUUUGUUAUAGUUCGGUGUUCGUUGAUUUCGUUUCCUUAAUUUUUUAAUUGAUGUUUAUAAUUUGCUGGUUUUCUAUUCAUCAGCUCCCUUCCCCAUGGAGGUGCAUGUUGGUCGUGCGUUGGGUUGCCAUUUUUUUCCUUUUUUACUAGGGUAGGGGUAAUAUGAUAUUUUGGUAUUGUAAAUUGUAGAUGUCAAAUAUUUAUAUUAGCAUUCUAUUAGCAUACCAAACAUGUCUUUAGAACUCA